AUGGACAGACUAUACGAAUGUUCACUCGACGGCUGCGAUCACCGAAAGUUCAACAAAAAUGAUGCCUUAACUCGGCAUCAGUUGAUACGACAUCCCAAUGACUUCCCGGACAUACCAUGGAGGACAUUAGGAGGGGUGGACAGGGAUGUGAUUAUAAGAGUCGUUCAAAGAUCAAAGGACUCGUUCAAUAGACAUCAGUUGAGACGACAUCCCAAUGAGUUCCCAGACAUACCAUGGAUUGAAUGUCCACAUACUGGCUGUCCGUUUAAGACUAAAUGUAGGAACCACAAGAUAUUACAUUCAAACUUUCGUAUGGCAUAUGAAUGUCGACACACCGGCUGUCAGUUUAAGAGUAAAUUUAAGCGCAGUUUGAAUGAACACACAAAGACUUGUAAACCACAGAUGAUUGGAGACAGUGGACAGUCGCGUUCACUAAACACCAGUACAGACGCCAUUCCCGACAUACCAUGGAUUGAGUGCCAGCGUAAGGACUGUCAGUUUCGGUGCAAACUUAGGCCUGAUAUGAGUAGUCACGCGAAAAGUCACGGAAAGCUAUUGGAUAUCCGGGAAUGCCCUCAGAGUCGAUGUGGGAAAUGGUUUAUGAAUCAAAAGGCAUUGGAUGUGCACAUGAAUACACACACGACUAACUCCCCGUCCAAAUCGACCGGCGCUAGUAUUACCGACAAUGAAUGCCAUAAUAGCUAUGAAUCCAGUGUUGAGACAAUUGGUGGAAGUGUUGACUCAAAGGAUGACUACUGUGAAGACAAUUGUGUUGAAGGCGUCGAAAAUAAUGAGAAUUUGAAUGAAAUGAAUGCAGAGAUAAUGAAUGUGAAACACGAGUUAAUUGAUGGGAAAGUCAUUGAAUUGAACGCUAAUUGUAAUAAUAAUGAGUCGAUUGAUAGGAAUUCAUACGAAUAUAACCGCAAAACAGACUGUAAUUCAGAUGACAAACUAAUCGCUGAUUUAUGA